AUGCGUUUCCACUCUGUCGCUCUCUUGACCGGCGCAACUGCGGCCGCUGCGGGUAGCACCGCAAAUCUGCUUUUGCCUGGCUUCCAGGGUCGCGACCUCGAAGCCGGCAUCCUCGGUCAGUCUGGGGAUGCAACCACUUACCUGGUGACUUGCCCUACCUCUGUGGCUGCCUCUGCCUGUGGCAUUCCUGGCAAGGGUUUGACAGCCAUUGCUUGCCCGACCUCCGUGCAGCUGCUUAACGUCCACGAUGGAAACACUGCUACUGUUUCUUGUAAUGUCGCUGGAACUACCUACGCUUCCUGCUCCGCGCAGCAGGGCACUGUGACUGUCCAGUCCACUCUUGACUCCAAGAAUAUGAACUGGAUGCCUGUGACUGUCACUGGUGACUGCUCGACCAGCACUCCCACCCCAACUCCUACUCCCACUCCCACCCCGGAGACCACCUCCGAGACCACCAUGACCCCGACCCAGACUCCAGUCUCGAGCCCCAAGAAGUCCUCGUCGCGCCCAGCCUCGUCCACCCCUGUGGCGAGCAGCACUCCUUUGAUCACCCCCAGUGCUACCGGUACCCCCAACGCUCCGACCUCUUCUUUCACCCCUCCUGCUGCUCCCAACGCUGCCACUCCUCUGGCUGGCAACGCCUGGGCUCUUGGUGGUGCCGUGCUGGCGCUGGUCUACGCUCUUGCGUAA